CCACGUGUUCGCGGCGCGAGGCAGACAUGGAGAGUCGGGUCCUGGCCGAGUCUGCGUCCCCUGGGGGGGCGGCCACGAGCGGCCCGCGGCCGGCAGACCGGGAGGGGCUGCUGCAGCAGAGCCGCGAGUUCUUGGACUUCUUCUGGGACAUUGCGAAGCCGGAGCAGGAGACGCGGCUGGAGGCCACGGAGAAGCUGCUGUCGUACCUGCGCGCGAGGCCCCAGGGACCCGAGAGGAAGUACGCCCUGAAGCGCCUCAUCACCGGGCUCGGGGUCGGCCGAGAGACCGCCCGGCCCUGCUACAGUCUGGCCCUAGCGCAGCUGCUGCAGUCCUUCGAAGACAUCCCCUUGUGCAGCGUCCUGCAGCAGAUCCAGGAGAAGCACGACUUGCAGAAAGUUAAGAAGGCGAUGAUGAGACCGGCUCUUUUUGCAAACCUCUUUGGGGUGCUAGCCCUCUUUCAGUCCGGCAGGCUGGUGAAGGACUCCGAGGCGCUGCUGAAGUCGGUAAAGCUGCUGCAGAGCUUGGCCCAGCACCACAACCACCUGCAGGAGCAGCCCCAGAAGGCCCUGGUGGACAUCCUCUCCGAGGUCCCAGAAGCCACGUUGCAGGCGAUCCUGCCGAAAGUCCUCAAGGCGGACUUGAAUUCAGUCCUGGCCUCCCCCGAGCACCUGGAGCUCUUCCUCUUGGCCCAGCAGAAGGUGCCGGAGAAGCUCAAGGAGCUGACGGGAACCGUCAAUCUGUUCUCAGACGAGAACAUCCCCAGACUGGUGAACGUCCUGAAGACGGCGGCCACCUCCGUGAAGAAGGAGCGCAAGCUGCCCGCCGUGGCUCUGGACCUGCUCCAGCUGUCACUGCGGGAGGGCAAGUUCCCACGGUUCUGGAAGGAGGUGGUGGAGCAGGGGCUCCUGAAGAAGCAGUUCUGGCCAGCCAGCUAUCUGUGCUUCCGCCUGCUGGGCGCGGCGCUGCCCCUGCUGUCUGAGGAGCAGCUGCCUCUGGUGAUGCAGGGCGACCUGAUCCGGCAUUUUGGGGAGCACAUGGUCACCGCUAAGCUCCCAAACCAGUUCAAGUUUGCUCCGGAGAUGAACGAGUACGUGGGUGCCUUCCUGGAGGGCUGCCGGGAUGACCCUGAGCGGCAGUUGGCUGUGGUGGUGGCCUUCACCCGCAUCACCAACCAGGGCCUCCCUGUCCUGCCCACAUUCUGGAGGGUUGUGCGGUCCCUAAGUCCCCGUGCCCUCAAGGGCUACGUGGCCUGGCUACAGACCACGUUUCUCCGGCCCGACCUGGACUCCCUGGUGGACUUCAGUACCAGCAACCAGAAGAAAGCCCAGGACGCUUCGCUGCAUGGGCCCGAGCGAGCAGUGUUCCGGCUGCGGAAGUGGGUCAUCCUUCGUCUGGUCAGCACCGUGGACGCCCUGCACGCGGAAAAGGAGGAUGACUUGAUUGAGGAGGUGGCCAGGUUUUGUUUCUUCCACUCAUUCUUUGAAACGAAGAAGCCCACGUCCCAGAUCCCGGAGACGGAGCAGCGGUUCUCUUUCCCUCUGGAGAACCGGACCCGGGAGGUGGUCAGCAGUGCCUUCUUCAGCCUGCUGCAGACCGUCAGCACCCAGUUCCGGCAGGCGCCGGCGCAGACCCCGGACGGGCAGCCCUGGACCCACCGGCUGGUACAGUUCGCAGACUUGCUCUUGAACCACAGCCGCAACGUGACCUCCCUGACGCCCUUCACCACGCAGCAGCGCCAGGCCUGGGACCGGAUGCUGCAGACGCUGAAGGAGCUGGAGGCCUGCUCUGCGGAGGCCAAGGCCAAGGCCAGUGCCUUCCAGCACCUGCUCUUCCUCGUGGGCAUCUACCUCUUCAAGUCCCCCGCGGAGAGCUGCGAGCUGUUGGCAGACAUCCAGACCUGCAUCCAGAAGAGCCUGGGAGAGAAGCCCCGCCGGACCCGCUCCAAGGCUGCCACCCCCCAGGAGCCACCAUGGGUGGAGGUGCUGGUGGAGAUCCUGCUGGCCCUGCUGGCCCAGCCCAGCCACCUGAUGCGCCAGGUGGCCCGGACUGUGUUCAGCCACGUGUGUGUCCACCUGACCCCACGGGCUCUGCAACUGAUCCUGGAUGUGCUGAACCCUGAGAAGAGUCCAGACGAGGACAACGUGGUGGUCACAGAUGAUUCCGAGAAGCAAUCGGAGAGUGGUGAGGAUAAGAGCUCAGACAGUGAGGACGACAGGCCCUCGGCCGACGAGGACGACAGUGACGACGAGGACAGCAACGAGGAGGACCGGGACAGGGACGUGGACCAGGGCUUCCGGGAGCAGCUCAUGGCCGUGCUGCAGGCAGGGAAGGCGCUGGGCGCGGUGGACGGAGAGGACGACGACGACGAGGAGCUGGGGGACGAGGCCAUGAUGGCCCUGGACCAGAACCUUGCCAGCCUCUUUGCUGAGCAGAAGCUGCGCAUCCAGGCCCGGAGGGACGAGAAGAACAAGCUACGGAAGGAGAAGGUGCUCCGGCGAGACUUCCAGAUCCGGGUUCUGGACCUGGUCGAGGUGAUGGUGACCAAGCAGCCCGAGAACCCGCUGGUGCUGGAGCUGCUGGAGCCGCUUCUGGACGUGAUCCGCCGCAGCAUGCGCACCAGCAGCUCCAAGCAGGAGCAGGACCUGCUGCACAAGACGGCCCGCAUCUUCACACACCACCUGUGCCGCUCCCGGCACUACUGCCACGACGUGGGCCGCAGCAUGGGGGCUCUGUACGCACAGGUGGAGCGGUUGGUGCAGCAGGCCGGCCGCCAGGCCGAUGCCUCCCUCUCCCUCUACUACUUCAACGCGGCCCUCUACCUGCUCCGCGUCCUGAAGGGCAACAGCACCGCCGCCGCCGUCUGCAAGCCCCAGAAGAAGGAGAAAGCUGGCCCCAAGCCCGGGGACCCCAAGGCUAGCGGCGGCUUGGAUCUGAGCCUCGUGACCCCGAUCUUCUCCUCGGCACUGACCUCCUUCCUGACUAAGCGCAACAGCCCGCUGACCGUGUCUAUGUUUCUCAGUCUCUUCUCCCGGCACCCGGUUCUCUGUAAGAGCCUGCUCCCCGUUGUGAUCCAGCACGUGACAGGCCAGGCACGGCCCCGCCAUCAGGCCCAAGCCUGUGUGCUGCUCCAGAAGGCCUUGCCCACGCGGGAGCUGCGGCUGUGCUUUGAGGACCCCGAGUGGGAGCAGCUGGUCAGCCAGAUCCUGGUGAAGGUCACGGAGAACCUGCGGACGCUGGGGGAGGCGCAGAGCAAGUCGGAGCAGCAGCAGGAGCUGUCCUCCCUGGGGCUGCUCAACACCCUCCUCAGGACCGUCCAUCAGGAGAAGCUGACCGUGGACCUGACCAGCGUGCUGGGUGUGCUGCAGAGCCAGCAGCAGAGGCUGCAGCCGGGGGGGCGCUCGGCCGGCUGCAGCCGCCUCUGCGACCUCUACUGGCAGGCCAUGAAGGCCCUCGGAGUCCAGCGCCCCAAGUCAGAGAAGAAGGAGGCCAGGGAAGUCCCCAAGGUCACGCAGAGCCCCCUUAGCACUAAGAGGAAGAAAAAGGGGUUUUUGCCGGAAACCAAGAAGCGCAAGAAGCGAACGUUGGAACGCACGGCGCCGGCGGAGGAGGCCAAGCCCACGGCCUCUGGGGGCGACCAGCCCCCCAGCACAGGCAAGAAGAGGAGGAGGAAGAGGAAGGCCCAGGGGCCCGCCCAGGCCAAUGGGACACCUGCCACCAAGAGGCCGGCCCCAGAUGCCACGAGUCCCAGCGCUCCUGCCAAGACCCCGAAGCUGCAGGAGAAGCAGCAGCAGCCCUCCCAGGUGAACGGAGCCAGGCCUGCGUCCCCCACGGCGCCCGCCAGCAGAAAGCCUCAGAAGGAUCUGCCCGAGAAGGGGCUGUCUGGCAAGUCACCACAGUCCGUGCUGCCGCGGAAGAAGGCCAGGUUGUCUCUGGCCAGCAGGAGCCCCAGCCUGCUCCAGAGCGGGGCCAAGAGAAAGAAGGCAUCGCUCAAGAAGGCCAGGAAGCCCUGAGCCCCGAGAGCCCUGCGUUUGCCCCGCGGCGAGUACCGGGACUGGAGGGACUCGCGUGU